GUUAUCAACCGGGACCGGCAGUCACUUUCUUCGUCGCACAUAAACCGUCUUACGCCGGAUUGGCGCCAUUCCGAAAUCGGCAGCCAAACCGGGCUAGUUCGACUGUACCAGGAUUUCGUCGUUACUAGCGCGAUGUCCGCGUUUAUGGUCGCUUGGAUGACGUUUGUGGCAUUGCUGGCAUUGGCUUUAGGAUCGGCUGUUGAUGACCGCAAGCCAAAUACCGUGUUCGUGGCCAUACUCAUACGGAAUAAAGCUCACACUCUUCCGUACUUUUUCAGUGCUCUUGAAUCUCUUGACUAUCCUAAGGACCGAAUGCACCUGUGGAUUAGAAGUGAUCAUAAUAUAGAUAACUCUAUUACAAUUUUAAAUAAAUGGUUAGAGACAUCAGGAACAGUUUACCAUUCAGUCGAUGUCAAAGUAGAUAAUAAUUCAACAAAGUAUGAUGAUGAAAGUGGUCCAGCACAUUGGCCCCACUCUAGAUUUCAACAUAUUGUUCAGCUAAAGGAAUCUGCUUUACGAACUGCACGAGAAAGUUGGUCUGAUUAUAUUUGGUUUUUAGAUUGUGAUGCGUUUAUUAUCAACAAAUCUACUUUAAGACAUUUAAUAAAAAAAAAAUAUCCAGUUGUUGCUCCUAUGUUGAAGUCUGAUGGAUUAUAUUCAAAUUUUUGGUGUGGUAUGACUGAAAACUAUUAUUACAAGAGAACUUCUGAUUAUGCACCUAUAGUAGAGUGGAAAACUAAAGGGUGCUAUCAAGUACCAAUGAUUCACAGCUCAGUUUUGAUAGAUUUAAGACUUCAGAUCACUAACUACUUAACAUUUAACCAUAGUUUGUUGUCCAACUACAUGGGACCUGUAGAUGAUAUAAUUAUAUUUGCUAUGUCUGCAAAUUUUUCUGGUAUUCCUUUACAUAUUUGUAAUGAUGAAAUGUAUGGCUUUAUAACUAUACCACUUGAAAAAGAUAGUUCUUUAGAAAUGGACAUAAGUCAGUUGACAAAUAUAAAAUUAGAAAUAACUGUCGAUAAUGAACCAUUACAAAUUUCAAGUAAUUUAUCAGAUCUUGAUUUACCAAGUGCACUCUUAGACAAUAUGGGCUUGGAUAAUGUUUUUGUGAUUAACUUAGCUCGAAGAACAGAAAGACGUAACCGUAUGCAUUACUGUCUUAAUGAACUGGGAUUAAAUGCAACAUUUAUCGAAGCUACCGAUGGAAGAGCUCUGACCGAAACGGAUUUGGAGUUUAUGGGCGUGAGGCUCAUGCCUGGUUAUAAAGAUCCCUAUUAUAAACGGCCAAUUACUAAAGGAGAGAUUGGAUGCUUCAUGAGCCAUUACAGAAUUUGGGCAAAGACAACUUAUGAAGGUUUAAAUGAAGUAUUGGUUCUAGAAGACGACGCGAGGUUUGAACCGUAUUUCCGUUUCAAAUUACAAAUGGUAUUGAAUGAAUUAAGACGUUUAAAAAUUUCUUGGGAUUUAGUUUACAUUGGUCGAAAGUCUUUAAACGACAACAACGAAAGCUGGUUAGAAAACUCGAAACUACUUGUGCGACCGGGUUAUUCAUAUUGGACACUCGGGUAUUUGUUGAGCGGACGUGGUGCGAAAAAACUUUUAAACGCUAACCCGUUAAAAAAAUUGUUGCCAGUGGACGAAUUCCUACCGAUAAUGUUCAACCAACAUCCUCGGACCGAAUGGUUGGAGCAGUUUGAAGAACGCAACUUAAUCGCAUUGUCUGCUUCUCCUCUGCUCAUCUAUCCCAUACGGUACACAUCAGACGAUGGUUACGUUAGUGAUACCGAAGACUCUGUGAUCGUGCAGGUGACGAACGACAAUCUCGCGACCGAACAAAAAGAAAUCAAAGAAGAUUUGUGAUCUGCGUGCCAUUAUUAUUUUUAUUUAUUAUUAUUAUUAUUAUUAUUAUUAUUAUUAUAGAUAAUAUUGAAUAGCCUGUUAUCGAAAUUUGUUAAGUGUCAUAUCAUAUUUUUAUAUUCGUUAUGAUUUUUAUUUUUUAUACAUUUAAUUAUUAUUAUUAUAUACAACACAUUAGUUAUAGGUAACUUAUAUUAUGUCAUCUGGCAACAAAUUUGGAAAAGACAUUAUGUAGGAAAAAACAGCAGUAAAUUCGUACAGUUCAUUGAUAAUUUCGUACUGAUGCGUUCGUGUAGAAAAUUUACUUUUAUUGAAACCCUGGCGCUAGCACAGUUUUUAGCAAUAGUGGGAAACGAGUUUAUGCUGAAAUUUUAUAAGGUAAAAAAAAAAUAUAUGUAUUCUAAAAAUAAAUUUAAAAGUACCUUGGACCUUUCAAAUUGAACUUUUAAUACGGCCAUAUAGUAAGGGUAAACGGAAAGUGAUACAGUUUUUUUUUUUUUUUAUUAAUGAUGUUGAUUUUAUCAUUAACACCAAAAUACAUUUUACUCGUUUUAUUUUUUCUUAAAUUCGAGAGCCAUUCCAUUAGUUUAUUGUGAUUGAUUAUAAUGUAUUUUUUAUAUACUACUCUACUCGUAUAGAGUAAAAGUAUAUAUAGUAUACCAUAGAUAUAUUUUUAUUUUGCAAAAUAAUGAUAUUUAUACAAUAUAUUACAUACACAUUAAAAUAAAAAUGAAAAAGUGUUUCUUAUACAUCAAUAGACUGAUAGAUUCGUUUUUAUAAGACUUACAUACCGAUGAUAACUUUAUAUCCAUGUUUUUUGCCCCACAAACGGAGCAUAAAUUAUAUAAUUAUUUUCAAAUAAUUGGUUUUUUGUUACCAAAAACAAAACUAUUUAUGUAAUAAAUAAAUGUUUAGUAGGUAUUUUAUAUCUAUGCAUUAGAUAUUAUUAUAAAUUCCCAUAAUUUAUUUUAAAUAUUAUAUGCCAUAUUCAUUAAAAUAAAUGUGUUUUACUUUUAUAUAUUAAUAAUAUUAUCUUACACUUGUAUUUAAUGCUAGGUUUUUUUUUUCACCAUUGCAUGUACCAACGCGAAUUUGUGUCUUCGAUAACAAUGACCUACUUAAUGUAAAGCAGUUUGUACAAAAGCUUACACGUUAAUUAAGUCUGUCAACAUUAAAUUGUCUAUCUCAAAGCUUUCGUGAAUUUUAGUUCUCAACCAGUAAAUACACAUAUAGAUCUAUCGAUAAAAUGUGGUGAAGACUUAAGAUGACUGUCAAUUUAUAAAGCCAUUGCCAUGUCAAACUUAUUUUUCUUUUGACAAUAUUAAAAUGUUUGAAAUAAAAAUAAAUAUUUUGCUACGCCGA